UCUCCUUCCUGCUCAGAUAUCAUUCGCUGGAAGAGACGUAACGUGUGGGUGAGUACUGUAGCUCUCUCGAGAGUGAAACCAAGUCUCGCGAUGUGAUUUUUGCUUAGCGACUGACAACAGGCUGGUUACUCCAGGUGGGAUUCCCUAAAGCGGUCUUGGUCUGAAAUUGGAGUGAGACCCCAGUCCUAGGCUGGGGUUCUUUCCAUAUAGAGGAGACGGAUUCAGAGGGGCUACAGACCAAGAUUGUUGAAAACCAGCCAUAUGAUGAGCGUCUAGAUAUUAACGACUCUGAAGAGGUUGCAAGUAUUUUUACUCCAACCUCAAGGCCCCAAGGACCUUCUCAUUCUGUCCAUCUUCCUAACAAGACGAUGGCUGAUAACAGCAGUGAUGAGUAUGAAGACGAAAUUAGCAAGGAGAAGAAGAAGACCUCACAGUUGACACCUCAGCGGGGCUUUAGUGAAAAUGACGAUGACGACGACGAUGAUGACUCAUCUGAAACUGAUUCUGAUGAAGAUGAUGAUGAGGAGGAACAUGGAGCCCCUCUGGAAGGAGCCUACGAUCCUGCAGAUUAUGAGCAUUUACCAGUUUCUGCUGAGAUUAAGGAACUCUUCCAGUAUAUCAGUAGGUACACACCUCAGUUGAUUGACCUGGACCACAAACUGAAACCUUUCAUUCCUGAUUUUAUCCCAGCUGUUGGGGAUAUCGAUGCAUUUUUAAAGGUCCCACGUCCUGAUGGAAAACCUGACAACCUUGGUCUGUUGGUAUUGGAUGAGCCCUCUACAAAGCAGUCAGACCCUACGGUACUCUCUCUCUGGUUAACAGAGAAUUCCAAGCAGCACAACGUCACGCAACAUAUGAAAGUAAAGAGCUUGGAAGAUGCAGAAAAAAACCCCAAAGCCAUUGACACAUGGAUUGAGAGUAUCUCUGAGUUACACCGUUCUAAGCCCCCCGCGUCUGUGCACUAUACCAGGCCUAUGCCUGAUAUUGACACACUGAUGCAGGAAUGGUCUCCAGAGUUUGAAGAACUUUUGAGUAAGGUGAGUCUGCCCACCGCAGAGAUUGACUGCAGCUUGGCGGAAUACAUUGACAUGGUUUGUGCCAUCCUAGACAUCCCUAUUUACAAGAGUCGGAUUCAGUCCCUCCACUUGCUCUUUUCCCUCUACUCUGAAUUCAAGAAUUCACAGCAUUUUAAAGCCCUAGCUGAAGGCAAGAAAGCAUUCACUCCUCCAUCCAACUCUACCUCCCAAGCUGGAGAUGCAGAGACAUUAACCUUCAGCUGA